GGUACUGACGAUUGGAUAAAAAGGGAGCAGGAGGCGGGAUUUUGGUGCUGCCUCGGUCUGAUUGGGCAGAAAUAUUCGGACGGGGAGAUAGCUUGUCUCUAAGGCUGCCUCGGGUGAAGGUGAGCUGGAGGGCGCGCGCGUGCGCACACAAUGCAGCCUAUAAUGCUGGCGGUGUCUUGAGGGAGCCCGUUGUAGUAACACGCAUGCGCACACUUUGCAGUGGCCGGUGGAGGUCGGGAUGGUUAUCUUCUCUGGCGCCAGUCUCAGGCGUCUCUCCCCCCCGCCCCCUCAUCCCCUUGGUUCGCCGGCGGAAGGGGACGGGCGGGCGAGCGAGGCUGUAGUGGGAUGUCGUCCAGUCUCCAUCCCUCGCUUGGAGUAAUUGUGUAACGCGGGUCCCGAGAGGGACCGACCCGGCUCAGCGCAGUGCGGGCUAUGCCGGGAAGUGCCAGGUGUGGAGACCGUCUCAAGUGUGGGGGCGGGGGCUGCUGUCCCCGCUGUGUCUCCCCCUGUGACCCUGCAAGCGCGUCUGGGUUGUGAUUCCAGGUAGCAGGCCGCCAGUUAACGAUUUCCUUGUAAAUAGUAGAAACUCCGCAAACAUGGCUUUUUUUUUUUUUUUGUACCUGGAACAACUGGUUGUGGAGGAUUUCGGCUCCGUCUUCACUAGCAGCGUUAAAGUUCUCCCCCGCUGUAAAAAACCACCUCCAGGAGGGGAAUAGCUACCAGCGCUGUGCCGCGACUACACAAGCCACGUUAAAGGGUUGCCAAUGAAGACGUGCCUUGACCCUCUUUUGUAGAACAGAAUCUCCACGGUUGUCUGCAAACUCAGGAAAAGAGAAGCACAGUGGUUUACAUUCCAAAAGUUUUCUUCACAACUCCAUAGCACUGUAAAGAAGACACUCAGAAAUCUUUUCUCAAUGAUUCUAUAGUCAACGGAUGUAACAAUGGUACUAAUACUGGGCCGCAGACUGAAUAGAGAGGAUAGCGGGGUCCGUGAUUCCCCUGCAACCAAACGUAAAGUUUUUGAAAUGGACCCAAAGUCCUUAUCAGGUCAUGAGUUUUUUGACUUCUCGUCAGGAUCAUCCCAUGCUGAAAGCAUACUCCAGAUCUUCAAUGAGUUUAGAGACAGCCGCUUGUUCACAGAUGUAAUUAUCUGUGUGGAAGGAAGAGAGUUUCCCUGUCAUCGAGCUGUUCUGUCAGCCUGCAGUAGCUACUUCAGAGCUAUGUUUUGCAAUGAUCACAGAGAAAGCAGAGAAAUGUUGGUGGAGAUCAAUGGCAUUUUUGCUGAAGCUAUGGAUUGCUUUUUACAGUACGUGUAUACUGGCAAGGUGAAAAUCACUACAGAGAAUGUGCAAUAUAUCUUUGAAACCUCCAGUCUCUUUCAAAUUAGUGUUCUGCGUGAUGCUUGUGCCAAGUUCCUGGAAGAGCAGCUGGAUCCUUGUAACUGCCUGGGAAUCCAGCGUUUUGCUGAUACACACUCACUAAAGACACUCUUCACCAAAUGCAGAAAUUUUGCACUGCAGACGUUUGAGGAUGUUUCUCAGCAUGAAGAAUUUCUUGAGCUUGGGAAAGAUGAGCUCAUUGAUUAUAUUUGUAGUGAUGAGUUGGUGAUCAGUAAAGAAGAGAUGGUUUUUGAAGCAGUUAUGCGCUGGGUUUACCGUGCUGUUGAUCUGAGAAGGCCAGUGUUACAGGAACUUCUAACACAUGUGAGACUCCCUUUAUUACAUCCUAACUAUUUUGUACAGACAGUGGAAGUGGAACAACUGAUUCAGAAUUCUCCAGAGUGUUAUCAGCUGCUGCAUGAAGCAAGAAGAUACCACAUACUUGGAAAUGAAAUGAUGUCCCCAAGAACUAGACCACGCAGAUCAACUGGUUAUUCUGAGGUGAUAGUCAUUGUCGGAGGCUGUGAACGAGUUGGGGGUUUUAAUCUACCAUACACUGAAUGCUACGAUCCUGUGACAGGAGAAUGGAAGUCACUAGCUAAGCUCCCAGAAUUUACCAAGUCUGAAUAUGCAGUGUGUGCUUUACGGAAUGAUAUUCUUGUUUCAGGUGGAAGAAUUAACAGCCGUGAUGUGUGGAUUUAUAACUCUCAGCUUAACAUUUGGAUCAGAGUUGCUUCCCUAAACAAAGGCAGAUGGCGUCAUAAAAUGGCUGUCCUUCUUGGUAAAGUGUAUGUAGUUGGAGGGUAUGAUGGGCAAAGUCGACUCAGCAGUGUAGAAUGUUACGAUUCAUUUUCCAAUCGAUGGACAGAGGUAGCUCCGCUUAAAGAAGCAGUGAGUUCUCCAGCAAUAACCAGCUGUGUAGGCAAAUUGUUUGUGAUUGGUGGAGGUCCUGAUGACAACACGUGCUCUGACAAGGUUCAGUCAUAUGAUCCCGAUACUAAUUCUUGGUUGCUCCGUGCAACUAUCCCCAUUGCAAAGAGAUGCAUAACAGCUGUAUCUCUAAACAAUCUAAUCUAUGUCGCGGGAGGGCUCACCAAGGCAAUUUACUGCUAUGAUCCAGUUGAGGAUUAUUGGAUGCAUGUACAGAAUACAUUCAGCAGACAGGAAAACUGUGGCAUGUCUGUGUGUAAUGGCAAAAUCUAUAUCCUUGGUGGAAGACGAGAAAAUGGAGAAGCCACAGACACCAUUCUUUGUUAUGAUCCUGCAACAGGCAUCAUCACGGGAGUAGCAGCCAUGCCCAGGCCAGUAUCGUAUCAUGGCUGUGUGACUAUUCAUAGAUACAAUGAAAAAGGCUUUAAACUGUAAAGAAAGGAAAUCUUAGGAAAGAAUGUAGUGCCUUGGUACAGAACAGAAUUUCAAAGAUUCAUAAAAUGGGAAACUGACUUUUCCUUCAGUGUCAUAUGAAACUAAAUAUCCAUGUGCCUUUUAAAACAAAAUGUUUUCAGUUAAUUAAAAGGUAAAAAAAAAAAUAUCUACAAACAUAUCCAGGACCCGUUCAGCCAUUUCUGGCAUGAUAGCAGUGAACUAAUAUUUACAUAGUUUUCCCCUUCUUUGUGAUCAGCAAUUAAAAUUUAGGAUGUUGUGUAGGGAAUGUGCCUUCACAAAUAGCUGUGCUUGUAUCUUAAGGAUUGAUGUCUGUAUUAUUUUUUCAGUUAUUUCAGAGUCUGUUAAUUGAAAAUAUUUAACCAAAUCGACCUACAAAAAAAUGUGUUGGUUUAAAAGAGUGUAUAUCAUUCUGAUCAACAGGCAUGAUGCAGUGUUGUUGUAGCCAUGCUGGUCCCAGAAUAUUAGAGAGAGAGAGUGGGUGAGGGCAAUAUCUUUUAU